AAAGCUGCCUCCAGCAAUUUUUCAUUUGCGGUUAUCAGUUCCUACGGGUCAACUUAUCUCCGCAUCAGCCAAAUAACGUUUAUUAGCAGAAGAGCUGUUGAUUGUAGGUAGGGGUAUGUACAUACAGCGAAAACCAAGUGCGUGUGGAUUAAUCUGAACAUUGUCGACCGUACGAUGUUAUUAUCAUUUCCAAUUAUAAACUGCCAAACUUGAGGAUGAGUGGCAAUCAGUACGGUACCGGUGCUUCCAGUGGUCGGGUCGAAGCAUUGUCUUGUGCGAAAAUUGUCGGUUUUGUAAUUGAAUCUACUUCGAAGUGCUUUGUGUAAGAGGCUUUACGCAGUGACAGGAAAGCGUGAUAAUUUGAUUGCAUAUCCUCCACCAGCUUCAGUACGAGAAGAUUUUCGGAAAGGUGCGUGUAAUGUAAUUUUGAUUAAAUAUAUUGGAAUCCGUACAAAUGUGUUCAAAAGAGAAGAAUAAGUGGUAUCUCAUGAUGUGUGAUGUAAAAUUUAUCCCACAGCGUAUUGCCAUGAAACACAUACCCCCGCCCGAAACCCUUCGGGGGUUUUUGAACAUUCCGGACAAGAUCAUGAUGGGUCCGGGACCAUCGAACUGUACCAAGCGAGUUCUAUCGGCGCUGGCCAACACAACGCUUAGCAAUUUCCACGCCGAACUGUUCCAGGUGCUGGACGAAGUGAAGGACGGACUUCGAUAUAUCUUUCAAACGGAGAACCGAGCCACCAUGUGCGUAACUGGUUCUGCCCACACCGGAAUGGAAGCUCUGCUGUGCAAUCUGCUAGAGGAAGGGGACAUUGUGCUGAUCGCUGUCAACGGUAUUUGGGCCGAGCGAGCCGUUGACAUGGCCACCCGGUACGGGGCGGACGUGCGAGUUCUGAAGGGUGCCGAUGAUAGGCCAUUUCCGCUGGCGGAUUUCAGAAAGGCCAUAGAACAACACAGACCAAAGUGUCUGUUUCUGGUGCACGGCGAUUCCUCGAGUGGGGUGCUACAACCAUUGGAGGGUUUGGGGCGAAUCUGUCACGAAUACGAUUGCUUGCUGUUGAUCGAUGCAGUAGCAAGUUUGUGUGGAGUGCCGUUCUACAUGGACGCAUGGGAGAUCGAUGGUGCUUAUACGGGGGCACAGAAGGUUCUGGGGGCACCACCAGGCAUAACGCCGAUUUCGAUUAGUCCGAGGGCCUUAGAAGUCAUUCGAUCGCGAAAGACGAAAUCCAAAGUGUUCUACUGGGACCUACUACUACUUGGGAACUAUUGGGGAUGCUACGAUGAACCAAAAGCCUACCAUCACACCGUUCCUUCCAAUCUGAUUUACGGGCUCCGUGAAGCACUGGCUCAAGUCGUCGAAGAAGGGCUGGAAAAUGUAAUCAAACGUCGAGAAGAAUGCGCUCAGCAUCUAUAUCGUGGACUCUCCGACAUGGGCCUCAAGGUUUUUGUCAACGAUCCCCAGCAUCGACUAUCGACGGUCACGGGUAUUAUUAUUCCGAAAGGUGUCACCUGGUGGAAGGUCUCCCAGUAUGCAAUGGCAAACUUCUCGCUAGAGCUUCAGGCUGGUUACGGACCAACAACGGACAAAGCAUGGCGCGUCGGUAUCAUGGGCGAGUGUUCAACGAUACCGAAAAUCAACUUCUUCCUGCACGCGUUCAAGGAAUCUCUGAAAGCGACACACCCUGAGUAUGUUUUUGACGAGCGAAACGGUUAUCACUAGACGAUUAGGGGUUUCUUCAACCAGCAGGCAUAGCACAGAUGAUUGCGUAUAGUAUUUAACUACGUUGUUAAUUUUGGCAGGCCACAUUUUGCGACUUUGAAAAUGGGAGCAAUUAUCUCCCACCAUGUGCUGAAUGAAAUGUUUCCUUAGAGCAGUUGAAUAAAUAAUUAGACUAUGAGCAUUAGACUUUUGUGUUGUUAUUCAUUACGGCUGAAUCAAAGUUUCAACCAGAGAUUUCAGUGCAUAUAAAACAUAUCAAUUAUUUUCAAGAUAUAAAUCACAUAAGACCCUAGAUCUCCCAAUUGUGCAAAUAAUUGUUCAUCGG